AUGCAGUAUGUGGGUCGUGCGUUUGGUUCUGUCAGUAAAACUUGGAAUUCAAUCAACCCGGCCACAUUAACUGGUGCAAUCGAUGUAAUUGUCGUUGAACAACAAGAUGGAAGCUUGGCUUGCUCGCCUUUCCACGUCCGAUUUGGAAAAUUCAGUUUACUUCGUCCUUCGGACAAGAAAGUUGAGUUUCGGGUGAAUAAUGAGCUGACGGAUUUCAAUAUGAAAUUGGGUGAUGGAGGUGAGGCUUUCUUCGUCUUUGCUACGGAGAACGAUGUGCCCCAAGAACUACAAACUUCACCUCUCGGAUCUCCCUCUCACUCGCCUUCCGGGUCGCCGAAAAUCCAAAGACCCCGGUCUGCUUCCAAUGCAGCGACAGAGGGCCCUAUGUCACAGAACUGGCUGCGACACGCGAGAUACUCAAGCGAUCCAGGAAGCUGUGAACCCAGCACUCCAACGAAAUCUGGCUCGGGGUCAACUACCCCUACUCAUGAAAAACGAGUUAUGCCGAAACCAGAGCUACUCCAAAAGGCUAUAGAGCUAGGCAAGCGUCUUUCGGGAAAAGAACUUCCAGCGCAUGUUACCGACAACGGCGACAUUGUGAUGGAUAUGACUGGCUAUAAAGCUAGUGAGCUGAACAGAAACAUCGCCGACUUUGCUCGAGAAACAUUCAAAGACGAGUUUCCCGAAAUCGAAAAACUUAUUGCGGAGGAUGAGAAAGGUAAUCUUUGGUUUUAUGCCAGCGAGGAGGCCAAAAAGAGUGCUUCCCCCGGAAUCACCUCUUCUCCCAUAACUUCCACUCUUCCUGUAGCGACUGAUGAUGAAAGCGAAAGCCCUAACGUCUCGGCUCCUGCGUCUCCGAAAUCCGAUUCUGCCUUAAUGCGAGAGGACCAUUUGGAACGGAUGCAAUCCAUACGCGAAGAGUUAACACGCUCCCCUUCACCAUCCAAACAAUCUUACUACUACGUAAAGACACUCCGUCUGACAUCAGAACAGCUAUCUUCACUCAAACUAAGGCCAGGCAAGAAUGACAUGUCCUUUACUGUCAACAAUGGAAAGUCUGUAUGCUUGGCCAACCUGUACUUUUGGCGGUAUGAGGAUCCGGUUGUCAUUUCUGACAUUGAUGGGACGAUCACCAAGUCAGAUGCCUUGGGACAUAUGUUCACUUUUAUCGGCAAGGAUUGGACACAUCCAGGAGUUGCCAAGCUAUACAGCGAUAUUGUGAGCAAUGGUUAUAAGAUCAUGUAUCUGACUAGUCGAUCUAUUGGUCAAGCAGACAGCACAAGGCACUAUCUUUGGAACAUUGAGCAAGAUGGUUACACCAUGCCUCAUGGCCCUGUCAUUCUUUCUCCUGAUCGUACAAUAGCAGCUUUACACCGCGAGGUUAUUUUGAGAAAACCCGAGAUUUUCAAAAUGGCAUGCCUUCGUGACUUGUGUGGAUUAUUUGACGUUCCUCCUCCAAAGAGUCCGUUUUAUGCCGGUUUUGGAAACAGAAUAACUGAUGCUAUUUCCUACAACCAUGUCGGCGUCCCACCGACGCGCAUCUUUACCAUUAAUUCCGCCGGUGAAGUUCAUAUGGAACUUUUGCAACGAAGUGGUUAUCGCAGCAGCUAUAUCUACAUGAAUGACUUAGUUGACUACUUUUUCCCGCCUGUGGAAGUGUCCGUGGAACCUGAAGUGAACACUUUUACCGAUGUUACUUACUGGCGUACACCGCUUCCUGAGCUUUCCGACGAUGAGGAUGAACCAAAGUCUAAAAAGAAUACUCCAAAAUCGCAAACCAAAACAUCAAAAAAGCAAGGCUCUCCCAAACCAGAACAAGAUUUGGCGUCUAACAAUGAUCUUGAAAAAGAAGAAGAUUCUGAGAACGACAUGUCCGCCAUUUUGGCUCGUGCCAUGGAUUUGAGGGACCCUGAAGAUAAUGAGAUGAACGACGAAGCUACUUAA